AUGAAGCUUUCCUCCCCUCUCGCCUUUUUCCUCUUCCUUUCUGGAGGCGUCGCUGCCCACCAGUACAGGAGGCAGAGUUACUCUGGCACAGUCCACCUCGAUGCUAGGUCCCAGAAGCUUCCUGUGCGAGCCGUUGCCAAGGGCAGGAAGCCUGCAACGAAUUCCCGUGCUAAAGCUCCAACCGAGUAUGUCGUUUGA